CACGAAUUCUUAGAAAGCUCUUGUUGGCAGCGCCCUCUUUAGUCAAAAGAUAAAACUUCUUUUUCAGUUAAUAUAGAGAAAAUCGCUCAUUUUCGGGUAUAUCUUCAUGUUUAUUAAAAAAACAUGUUCAUAAGUUUGCUAUUGUUGUAUGUUAUUGGAAUGGCAAAUGAAAUUGUGAAAGGACAGCUUCAUGCAAAGGAAACUAAAAUUGACACUUCCGAUGGAUACUGCAACACCGAGGAAUAUGGAAAAAUUCCAAUUAGAGGAACAGGCUACAGUGAUCCUAAAAAAGGCUGUAAAAUUGCUGCCUGUUAUGAUGGAAGACUAUUUGAAAAAUCAUGUGGGAAAUUUUCAGUUAAAGCUUCGUGUAGGAUGAUGGAAGGAGGACCGGGUCAUUUCCCGGAUUGUUGUCCAAAACCUUACUGCCCAAAAGAUGAAAGUGGAAGAAAUUAUAUAAACAUACAUUGAAGUUUGCAAUAAUUUCAAGUGUUUUAAAUCUAAUAUACUUCAUGUAUAAUUAACUGUUAAUAAAUUUUUAAGUCAAUUUUA